AUGGUAAAGACGCAGGACCUGGUACAGGCGCGGGACCUGGUACAGGUUGAAGACGUGGAUGUAAACGAAUGUGCAUCAUUCCCAUGUGCCAAUGGCGUGUGUUCCGAUCACGUGGGUUAUUUUACCUGUUCAUGCUUCCCUGGCUAUACUGGAACCUGUUGCGCAAUAAACAUUGACGACUGUCAGUCCGGACCUUGUUUGAACGGUGGCUUGUGUAAAGACGGGGUCAAUUCCUACACGUGCACAUGUCGCAGGGGGUAUACAGGAGACAACUGCCAAACAGAUACAAACGAGUGCGUAUCAUCGCCAUGCCGAAAUGGUGGGACUUGUUUUGACAAUGCUGGAUUCUUUUCAUGCGUCUGUCCUGCAGGAUACACGGGAACUCGCUGCGAAAUUGAGACAAAUGAGUGUGCCUCCAACCCUUGCCGAAACAACGGAUUAUGUACAGACCUUCCGUUAGAAUUCAACUGUACCUGUCCUGUCCUGUUCACCGGACUCAUCUGCGAAAUCGGAACGGUGGCUUUUGUAUUGACGUUCCCGGCGGAUACAACUGUUCAUGCAAUCCGGGAUACACAGGGUCAAGGUGUGAUAUCGAUAUCAACGAGUGUAAUUCCCAGCCCUGUAAAAACGGUGGAAUAUGUCAAGAUAAAAUCAACGGAAUUGAGUGCGUUUGUGCUGCUGGAUAUGAAGGAGCAUAUUGUCAAAUUGACGUUGAUGAAUGUGAAUCACAACCGUGUAGAAAUGGUGCAAUAUGCCAUGAUGGUGUCAACAACUAUACGUGUGUUUGUCAGGAUGGGUUUACUGGUGGAACUUGUUUAA